AUGCUGAGAGAAUUUUCAUUUAUCUCUGUUGGCGAUAAUGGGUCAGUAUUUGAGAUGCAUGGCUUAGUUCAAUUGGCCACGCGGAAUUGGCUAAAGUCUACUGGAGCAAUGGAGAAAUGGAAGCGGCGGUUCAUCGAUAUUCUUUCGACGGAGUUCCCUAGUGUGGAAUACGAAAACUGGAGAACAUGCCAAAGGCUUUUCCCACAUGUUAGGUCCGCGGCACUGCAACGCCCGGAGUCAAGAACCGACCUUCGUGAAUGGGCUUCACUUCUCCACGAAGGGGCAAGGUAUGCAUGGAGAAGAGGCAACACAGCAGAUAUGAGUAAGAUGGCAACAAUGGCAAUGAAGGCGCGAAACUAUCUGCUAGGACCCGAGCACGAGGAUAGUCUGAAUAGUGCUGGAAUUGUGGGGUUGACAUCUAUUCUUGAAGGGAAAUGGGAUCAGGCUGAAGGGCUUUGGUCAAAUCUACAGAAGAGUUGCGAAAGAGUGCUUGGCAAAGAGCACAGCAGUACCAUAACGAGUACGGCUAACUUGGCAUUCGCAUUCUGGAACCUGGGCAGAUGGCAAGAAGCCGAGGUCUUAGGCCUACAGGUGCUUGAGACUCGUCAGAAAGUGUUAGGCCCGGAGCAUCCUGAGACACUGACUAGUAUGAUGAAUUUAGCGGCAACGAUCAUGAGCCAAGGUCGAUGGCAUGAGGCAAAAGAUCUAUGCUUGCAAAUUUUAGAGGCCCGUCAAAAGGUUCUUGGCUCAGGGCAUCCCGACACACUCAUUGCCAUGUCCAAUCUGGCAUCAAUAUACUGCAAGCUUGGCCGGUGGUCAGAGGCAGAGAAAAUAGAGGUAUCGGCGUUGGAGGCUCAACGACAAGUCCUUGGCUUGGAGCACCCCGACACCCUCGUCACUAUGUGCAACUUAGCAUUGACCUUCCGGGAGCAGGGGAAACUGGAAGAAUCCGAAGCCCUAUAUUUGCAAGCUCUGGAAAUAACACGCCGGGUACUUGGGGCCGAAAACCCAGAGGUUCGGAUUCCUAUGACCAACUUGGCGAUAACAUAUCUGCGUCAAGGCCGACUGGAAGAAGCGGAAACGCUGCAGGUGCAGGUGCUCGACAUGUGUAAUAAGGUGUUUAAAAUUAAGAAAGAUCACCCAGAUAUAUUGACGUAUAUGUUCAAUCUUGCAUUGACGUUUCAGCACCAAGGCCGAUGGGAAAUGGCUGAAGAGCUAGAGAUGGAAGUACUGGAGACACGCAAAAGGGUACUGGGACCAGAACACCCGGACACUUUAGCGACCAUGGCAAAUCUUGCGAAAACCUUGAGGUCAUCGAAUCGAGAGACAGAUGCAUUGGUUCUCAUGACCGAAUGCGUUCACCUUCGACAGCAAAAAUUGGGGCCCGAUCACCCGGAUACCAAGUCCGCCUCGAUUGUUCUUCAUCAAUGGCAAGAAGACGGCGUACACCCAUAUGUUUAA